GCAGUGUGAUGCUAGGAGUGUUUUUUUUCUGUCAGGAUCAGCACAUUCGCUCGAACAUUACUGCUAUACAGUGAGUAGACAAGCAUGAUAUUUUUUUCGCUCUGUGUGAUCAGUCAGUGACCACAAUAAAUGUAUUGUAUGCGCAGUUCGGGAAAUACCUGCAAUAUCUAUUGAGAUAUUCGACGAGUGAAGAGACAAUGUGGGGUUAAACGGAUGAAGGAUGGAACACAUCGUUGUUCAUCGUGAUCAGCUUAGAACCUGAUUGUUUCUAGCGGUAGUUUUGAUCAGCAAAGAUAACAGGUCUUAGCGGAAACAUCACAUACGUCUAAGGAUACCGUGGAUAGCGGUGUGACGAUAACUUAUAUUAAUACUACUACUACAACUACUAUCACUACUACUACUCAUGCGGCACUAGAGAUACUAGUACCACAGCAUCACCUUUACUCAGCAGGCGUCCGAACGGAGGCGUGUUUAUGAAUGCUAAGAGAACGAUUUGUCGAUCGCAGCCUGGGCUUUACUAAAUAGAGCACAUACGAUAUAUAAGAACGCUACUUCAUUUCAUCAGCACGUAGUUCAUUUUCCAGUUUUGAACCGUUAGCAAAAGGGAUCUUCUGGAGUCCAUUAUCGAUCAAUAUGAAUGCACUCAUCUUAACUUUCGCCGUCGUUUGCGUCGCUGCCCGCGGUGCUUCCGCACAGAUCUACCUGAACCAACCGAUCGCCCUGGCGCUGCAGCAUCAACCAAUUCAACACGAGCCCGCUUCCUUAGCACAUCCGGCUGUGGUGGAAAAUGCAUUAAACGAAGCGCACUACCCGGCAGAGCUGCAGAACAGUUUUUACAAAAACCCGCGCAUCGCUGAAGCUCUAGCCAAGGAGUCUUGGUUCGGGGAUAAGGAGAUGCCUGUAUUUGAUCGGGCAGCCGAUAAAAUUCCACGUGAUCGCAUUGUGAAACUGAUUAAGAAUGCUGGAUUUGUUCGUCGGCGUUAGAAAUCGCGUGCUUGAUGAAUGAAUUUUACGCCGUGUUGCCCUGUAAAUAUAGAAAAGAAAUGGUUCCUGAACGAGUGCUAGAGACCUAAUCACUAAGAAUGUUGUUUGUGAAUGAAUUAUUUAUUAUGUAAAUAAACGAUUUAAAUUAUUA